CUUGUUUUGAACUACGCCGACGGUCAGACUUGGUAGACUAAAACCGCUCUAGAAAGCGCUCUUCCGAAUGCAGGUGCUUGGAUUACUACUACUACUAGCUAGUGGCCGCAAGAACGAGCUUCAAGAACGGUAGUAGUCUCCGUCCAGAUCUGGAAACGGCCUGGGUGGAUCAACAACACUGUAAGGACUCUUGGGGGGUGCAGCUGCACCAGCUUGGUGACCAGCAGCGGGAGGUUUGCAACCGCAGGGUGUGUGGUGGGUGGAUGCCCCGCGCCAUGGCUGCCGUCCGCGGCGUGCGGUUGGUGACGUUCCUCUCUCUGCUGCUCUUGGCGGCCGCUCAGCCCAACGCCCCUGCGGCGCAGCCCGCCCCCGCCACCCCCGCAGCCACCCCUGCCCCUGUCCAGGUAGUACUGGACCCUCCGCUGAAUGCGCAAGGCAACCCUGGUCUGCUGAUCUGCCCCGGCAUCCUGAUAGACUACGUCAUCAACAGCCUGACGUUCGUGCCGAACCCGAGCGGGGACGUGUAUGCGUUUGAUGCCACGGUCUUCUUCCAGAACAUUGGCAACGUGAAUCUGGUCAGCUGGCAGGUCAGCAUUGGCUACCAGUGGAACGAGCUCAUCACCAGGGUCGGCAACCUCACGCUGCCACCCGGCGCUGCCACGCCCCUCCCAGGCAACUCCACGCUCUUUGGUGCGCCACGGAACUACACGACAUUACUGAGCGCCAAGAACGCAGCGGGCGACCAGAGUCUGUACACGACGCAGGCGCAGCUGGUGGGCACGGAGACAGGCGCCGUCAACGCUUCCCAGGCCCUGCCCGCGUACGUGCGCAUCACCGCCCCCGGCGUCACCUGCCCGCCCGCCUACGUGCUCUCGCCCACCAACCGCAGCAACGUGGUGCGCUCCUGCUGCAUCACCCCCUCCACGGCUCUCACCGCCCCCGUUCCCGCCCCGGCCCCGGCCCCGGGCCCCGCCCCUGGUCCCGCGCUGCCCGUUGCCGCCCCCCAGAACGUGUCGCAGUGCCCCGCGGGCGUGCUGGUGGACUACGCCAUCAGCAGCCUGGCCGCCAUCCCGGGCCAGGACGGCGCCUACCAGUUCAACGCGCAGACGACUUUGGCCAACAACGCGGGCAAGGCGCUGGAGGGGUGGGGCCUCUCCUUCCAGUUUGCGCAGAACCAGCUCAUCAGCACUGUCAACAACAUCCAGGUCGCGCCCGGCUACUCCUUACCGGCACCAGGCAGCGGCACGGUGUUCGUCCCCCCUGCGGGCUCGUACGUGAACACGACGGCGCAGGCCGCGGGCAACAGCAGCCUGUACACAUACGUGGCAUCGUUUGCGGGCAGCGAGGUCGGCGCGGCCACCGCGCGCGAGGCGCUGCCCACCGGCAUCGACAUCGGCGUCGCAGGAUUGACGUGCGACCCCGCCAACUUCUCCUACCCCGUCAACACCACCAACCUGCUGCGCGCGUGCUGCCUGCCGGUGGCCCCCCCCGUGCCGGCGCCGCCGUGCCCCGGCGUGACGGUGGACUACAGCAUCGCGAGCCUGACGGCCAUCCCGGACCCGUCCAACGCGGCGUUCAAGUUCAACGCGAGCGUGGUGGUGGCCAACGUGGGCAGCCGCGUGCUGCCGCCCUGGACGCUCACCUUCGGCUUCCAGAACAGCGAGAUCAUCGCCACCACCACCAACCUCGUCGUGCCGCCCACCACGCCCCUCCCCGCCCCAGGUAAUUCGACGGUGUUCGGCGCCCCCCCCAGUGCGUACACGUUGCCGUAUGCCGCGCUGGUGGCGGGUGACAUCAGCAAGUACGCGCUGCGCGCCUCCAUCGAGGGCACCGAGUUCAGCGCCACCACGCCCAAGGCCGCGCUGCCUUCCACCAUCAGCCUCAACGCGCCCGGCAUCGCGUGCAGCCCCGCCAACCUGACGGCCGCCACCGGCUCCGGCGCGGCGCUGCGGCAGUGCUGCGUGGAGGUGGCUUUGCCCCCGGCCCCCGCGCCGUUGCCCCCGGCCCCAGUGUGCCAGGGGGUGCAGAUCAACUACACCGUCCUGUCGCUCACCCCCAUCCCGGACCCCACCGGCACCGUCUACGGCUUCCGCGGCCUGCUGACGGUGGCCAACACGGGGACGCGCGACCUGACGGGCUACCAGGUCCGCCUGGCGUGGCGCAACGGCGAGGUGAUCAGUGAGGUCAGCAACUGGGACCUGGGCGACCAGUACCUGCCGCGCCCCGGCAACAUCACGGUUUUCAUCAGCCCCGCGGCGCGCCCCUUCCUCUUCACGGCCGUGGAGGCGGUGGGCAACGCCAGCAUCUACUCCAGCAGCGGCACCAUCGAAGGCACCCAGCGCGGCGCCGCUACUCUGGCGCAGGCGCUCCCGGGGGGAAUCAUCCUGCAGGCCGCCGGCUACGAGUGCCCCGACGGCAACAUCUCCUUCCCCUCCCCGACCAACAACAGCGUGGUGCAGUGCUGCUCCGAGAUCCCGCUGCCGCCCGCGCCCGCGCCGGCCCCGCUGCCGUUCAGCAGCCAGAACUACAGCGGCAUUCUGCUCAACUGGGACAUCACGAACGCCAACGCGAGCACGUACCAGGUGCAGAUCCGCGUGACCAACCAGCAGCGCUACACCUCCAUCAACGGCGGCUGGGCCGUCGGCUGGAUCUGGCAGAACAACGAGUUCAUCUGGAACAUCGUGAACGGGUACGCGGGCAGCUUCGGCGACUGCACGACGCACCCCGCGGUGAACGACUACCCCAGCUUCGGCGUGCAGGUGGCCAACAGCCAGGGCAGCUGCGCGAGCGCGCCCAACCUGAUCCAGAACACGGACCAGAAGGGCAUCCUCACCGGCCAGGGCAUCAGCGUGCAGAACAGCACCGCCAACUUCACCGUCCUCGUCGGCAAGCCGGCCCGCCAGUUUGCGAUCUCGACCAUCAUCGUGCCCCAGAACUUUUCCGUGGGCCUCCCCGGCUGGGCCUGCAACCCGCCCCUCAAGGUCGCCGGCCGGAACGUCCCCUUCGGCACCAUCUCCGGCCAGGUCAUCCCCGCCUACGCGUCGUACAACAUCACGUGCGGCCCCACGCAGCCGAACGCGACGCUGCCCAAGUGCUGCGUCAGCAUGUCGGCCUUCUUCAACCAGACGGUGGCCCCCUGCAAGUCGUGCGCGUGCGGCAACUGCCCCGGCAAGGGUGGGGCGCCCACCGCGGCGCCCGUCCCGUCCGGCACCGGCUUCGUGCCUGCGCCCGGCACGUGCAACUUCAACAGCAGCAGCCUGCCCACCGUGGCCAGCCAGGUCGCCCUCGGCGUCGAACAGGCGGGCCGCGUGUACCCGGCCCCGCUCACGGGCCGCUGCUUGGACGGCUGCCCCUCCAACCUGCACUUCGACAUUGUGAGCGCGGGCGACGGCGGCUGGACCGUCAAGAUCGUGGCGGCCAACCGGCUGCCCGUGGACCUUGCCGACUGGAUGCUCGUCGCGGAGCUGCCCGAGCUGAACUACCUGCAGAACGUCUACUCCGUCAACUGGCGCCGCGACACAGGCGCGGAGCGGCCCACGAUUUUGUUCUCGGGCGUGAAGGGGUACAACGACCUGGUGCUGGCGGCGGGGAACAUCGAGUGGGUGCUCGGCUUCAACUUCACGGGCAACUCGUCGCUGCGCACCACGCUGCUGGGGACGGGGGUGCAGCGGCUGGCAGAGGCCAACUCGAACUCGUUCCCUACGCGAAUAUGGUUCAACGGAGACGAGUGCGAGAUGCCAGACCGGUCGCUGUGGCCCAUCAGCCUCGCGCAGUACAACAACCUCACCAGGGUCUCGCCAGCUGUCCGGGUGGGCGCGAGCAAGAUGCAGGCCAUGCUGGCAACGAUUUUUGCAGUGUUCCUUGGUAUUGUGCUGUCAUAAACAGAGUGUGUUCGCUGCCCGGGAGUUGCGGGGCUUCUGCUGGGCCCUUACCGGCGCAGUCCUGUCAGCCUUGCUCCUAUAAGUCGACUUUGCCGGUCCACAGCCAAUUGUUUCUCAGUAGCUAGUCAAGUUGUAAUUUAUACGCAAAGGCAGCGCGUUCAGCAAACUAGGAGUAGAUUUGAAGCACAUACUCGACGAUCAGUCAUUUCAGAUUUCAAUUCGGAUCGGGCAAGCCGCUUUUGUGUAUGUCUGACCGGGCUGAGCCGAGUAUUCGACUUGCAUUGAAUGCCAG